GGCUGGGCGGCUGGCUGGCUGCCGGCCACGCACCCCCGGCCCUGCGGGACUGCGCUGCCCAGGGCUGCACGGCGGAGCCCGGGCCGCCCCGCUCGGCGCAGUGCACGGGCGCUGCAGCCCACACUCGCUGACUGCCCCCGGGGGUCGCCCCCCGGCCGGCCACCGCAGCCAGGCCGCGCGGCCCUGCAGCCUGCCCGCGCGCCCCGGCGCGGCCCCGCGGGGAGAUGAGCUUCUUCGGCUUCGGUCAGAGCGUGGAGGUGGAAAUCCUGCUCAACGAUGCGGAGAGUCGGAAACGGGCCGAGCAUAAGACGGAGGACGGGAAGAAGGAGAAAUAUUUUCUCUUCUACGACGGGGAGACCGUCUCCGGCAAGGUGAGCCUUGCGCUCAAGAAUCCCAACAAGCGGCUGGAGCACCAGGGCAUCAAGAUCGAGUUCAUCGGGCAAAUCGAACUCUACUAUGACCGUGGGAACCACCAUGAGUUUGUGUCUCUGGUGAAGGACCUGGCUCGGCCUGGAGAGAUCACCCAGUCGCAUGCCUUUGACUUUGAAUUCACACACGUAGAGAAGCCGUAUGAGUCCUACACAGGCCAGAAUGUGAAGCUGCGCUAUUUCCUUCGAGCCACCAUCAGCCGCCGCCUCAAUGAUGUUGUCAAAGAGAUGGAUAUCGUAGUUCACACGCUCAGCACGUACCCAGAACUGAACUCAUCGAUCAAGAUGGAGGUUGGCAUUGAGGACUGCCUACACAUUGAGUUCGAGUAUAAUAAAUCCAAAUACCACCUGAAGGAUGUCAUUGUAGGGAAGAUAUACUUUCUACUGGUGAGAAUCAAAAUCAAACAUAUGGAGAUAGACAUCAUCAAGCGGGAGACCACGGGCACUGGCCCCAACGUGUACCAUGAGAAUGACACGAUAGCCAAGUACGAGAUCAUGGAUGGGGCGCCAGUGCGAGGAGAGUCCAUCCCGAUCCGGCUUUUCCUAGCAGGGUACGAGCUCACACCCACCAUGCGAGACAUCAACAAGAAGUUCUCUGUGCGCUAUUACCUCAACCUGGUGCUGAUAGAUGAGGAAGAACGACGCUACUUCAAGCAGCAGGAAGUGGUAUUGUGGCGGAAGGGUGACGUCGUUCGCAAGAGCAUGUCCCACCAGGCAGCCAUUGCCUCACAGCGCUUCGAGGGCACAACCUCCCUGGGUGAGGUGCGGACACCCAACCAGCUGUCUGACAACAAUAGCAGGCAGUAGGCCCCCAGGGCCAGAAGCUGCUGGGCUGCACCUCAGCACCCCCAUCUACUAAACACCAGCAGCUGGGGGAGGGAGAGCAUGGGGUGAGACUCAGCUGACUGCUACUGGCAACCUGAAAACAAAUCAUGUUUUUGACUUUAUUUUCUCUGGAGGACCUAAGGGGCAUGGGUGGGGAAGCAGCCUCCUUACGAUUCCACGGCUGGUAGGGGGUUGGGUGGUACAGCGUUCCAGAGGAGUCAGCCUUCUGCUAAGGUCCUCCUUGUGGGGUAACCUCCUGUCUUAACAGAAGGAAGGCAGUAAGCAUGCAUUCUUGUCUCCCGGCUGUUGGAGCUUCCUAAUUCAGGGUCCACAGUUGUCCCUGGGAUUCUGAGCCACCCAUGGGGCCCUGGGUGGUCACGUCCUAUACUUCCCUCUGCUGUCCCCGAGGCAGUGGCAGAAGGAGGUGGGUCUCCCCUUCCUGACUUGUUGGGGGACGGGGAGCCUCAAGAUCGGGAAGCUACCUCUUUGGGAGUUUGUAUGUGGUGCUUUGAAGUCUCCACAAGCCACCUUCCUUCUGGCCUCCCUCUGCGGGGACCCGGGCACAUGCCUUCUCCACCUUCUCCGGAUCGUCGCUAAUGUCCUGGGGCAGAAGCCAGGAGAGGGAUCCUUCACCCAAAAGAAAUGCAGCAGCGUGAAGCCCAGGAUGUGCAGCCAGACGCCCUGCGGAAGAAGGGGUCAGUGCACAGCAAGUGUUGCCUUCACUGUGUGGCCGCUCCACUUGGGAACCUCCCAGUCCGAUGGUUAAGGAGUACUGCUUGUUGUACCCCAACAACCCUAAACAGGAUGGUCUGUCUUCUGUAACAGAUCCUAGGAAGGGGCUGUGGUCCCUUGGUCUCCCAAGAGCAGACCCUCAUCGCUCUCUGCCCUCAUUUCACUUCUUGGAUUGGGGCUUGCAGAGUUUUCUGUUCUUAACUCCCACCUCAAGCCCCUGCACCCCUCAACCUGUAAAGUUAAGGGAGGGAGAUGGGGGCCUUGGCUGAUGAUUCUGCCCGCCCAACUUCUGAAUAAUUAUGCUUGCCAAAUUCUGUCUUCAUCUUCCUCAGCUGACUGACCCAAGUCUGUAAACAUUGGUAUUUUUCAUUUGAAAACACAUGAAGCAAACAAUCUGGUAUACUUUGUUAUGCUAGACAGGAAGGCACUUUUCCCUCUGUUCCUCUGGGCUUGGGCCUUGACUCCUAAAGUUGCUAAUAAUCCUUUUCUGCACCACCUUGGAAUGGCCAGGAGUCACCCUCCUUUUGGCCUUUCUUUUCUUAUAGAAAGGCCAAGCUGACCUGCUGGACAGGAAGUCCAAUAUUUGGCGGUCUAAGUUUGCAGUAAUUUGGAAAGUACACAGGUUGGUUCCUGUGUUGUCUUUCCAUUAGUGCGGAACUUGAGGAUCUCCCCUUUUCUUUAGGAAUCAGGGUUGGGCUCUUGGAUCAGAGAGGAGACUUGGUUGGGACAGCCUUGGGCAAUACAUGAGGCUGGGGGCAACAAGGGCCUGUUCCUCCACAUUGGGCCAAAUUCAGCCGCGAUACACAAUCUCUGGGGGACGGAAGCAUACAUCCUGCUGCCGUCGGUGACCGAGGCAAGACUCGAAUGUAGGAAGGAGGCGGGUUCUGUGUGCCCUGGCCUUUUCAGAGUCCAGGAGCCUUCCUCUUAAUUGCUGGUAUUCUUCACUAGAAAACACUUGUCCAUUCCUCUGCCUACCAACUGACAACAUAAGCUCUUCGUCCGGCUUCCCUAACACUUUCAACCUUUCUCCGGGGAGAAUUAGAAUAUAGAAUUGCUUUCUCUCAGGAGCGGUGUACAAGCCAGGUCUUUUGUUUUCUUGUACUCUACCCCCAUUCUACUUGUCUGUCCAACUGUGAAAGUGAGGGGAGCCUUCUGCCCCACCCUCCUUUAAGGUCCCCGUUCCUGGGAGGGCUUAGGUACUAAACCAAGCAGUGCAACUUGUAAUUAAGCAGCUGCAGUGUUUACAUGUUUCUUAAUGUGUUGUCUUUUCAAUGGCUGUAUUUAAAAGAACACCUGUUUUAAUGGUCUAAUUAAAGGAGGCCCCUGUGGCUUUGGAAGCAUUG